UGACGUGCCCGUUCUUAUUUUAAACCAGCGCUUGUUGCACAGCUGUUUUUAGGGUGGCCACUUCCCAACCCCCUGGGCCCGGUCGAGAGACUUUUCCUAACAGCUGUGAGAUCAGGUAGACAUUCAACAGCUUUCCUGACUGCCUGAAGACGCAGUGAUGAGGUGCCAAACUUACAAUUUGAAGAGAGGAGAGAAAGGCAACUUUAGGCCUUUUUAUUUCUGCUCCUAUUUCUGAUAGGGUAGCCCCUGCACCUGCUUACCCCAUGCCCUCCCUUACUGAGGAUAACAGUUCCCCAUAUUUGCAUUUCCAGGUUGAAUAUCAUGACAUAGUUUGCACUGUGAUCUUUAGUUUCUGAACCUCUCUCAAGGCGGAUAGAAAUAUUAAGAAAGCACAGUGUUGUGGUCUAUGUAUCAUGAAACUGCUACUAUCAGGAAUCUAGCUGAACCUUGUAGAAUCUUGUAAGAGCACAAUAAAUGAUUGUCCUAUGUAGAUGACAUAUUUUCAUGUAUAUGCUCCAUUUGGAAAUCACUGCUAUAGACAAAGGAAUGGAAGUUGAGGCUGCUGUCAUCUCUCAGUCCACCAGCAUUGCAAGACGCCACUGCCACCGUUUUACCUGCUUAUCCACUACCAUCUCUACCACUCUCUGUCAUCCUGCUGCUGCCACCAGCUCCCCCACUCCCCAGAAUGUUUUUCUAGUGGAGCAGUGGGAGUAGAACAGUGAGACAACAUGAUUCCAUCUUUAUCUCUGGAUAUGGGACAUUCACAUCUGGUUUACUUCUGGAAUAAAACUGGAAGUACUGAGACUCCAAAUGGGACCUACUGCUACAGUACUGCCCAGGAAAGUACUGUGCUUCAAGGUGUAACUUUUGGUGGAGUUCCUACUGUUCUGCUGCUUGAUGUAACUUGCUUUUUGGUGAUAAUUUUGAUAUUUUCCAUUAUUAGAAGAAGAUUCUGGGAUUAUGGUCGCAUUGCACUAGUAUCAGAAAACGAGAGUGAUUCCAGAUUUCACAGAUUAUCUACAGGUACUGGUCAUGAGGAUGAUCCUAAUGAGGGCUUCUGUUCUUGGAUGGCAUCUGCCUUUCAAAUGCACGAUGAAGACAUUCAUGAAAGAUGUGGAAAUGAUGCCAUUAUCUAUCUCCACUUUCAGCGCCAUCUCAUCUGCCUGUUGGUUAUUGUCAGCAUGUUGUCUUUAUGCGUGAUUCUUCCUGUAAAUUUAUCAGGUGGCUUACUUGAUAAAGACCCCUAUAGCUUUGGGAGAACAACUAUAGCAAACUUACAAACAGGCAACAACCUUCUCUGGCUCCACAUAAUUUUUGCUAUUAUUUAUCUGAUGUUGACAGUCAUCUUUAUGAGACAUCACAGUAGAUCUGUCAAACACAAAGAAGGCGUAGUAAGGUGCACAUUGUUUAUAAAUGGACUUCCCAAAAAUGCCAAGAAGUCAACCAUAGAAAAUCACUUCCGUGAAGCCUAUCCAUCCUGCACUGUGGAAGAGGUCCAGAUAUGUUAUGAUGUGGCCAAACUCACUCACCUGUAUAAAGAGAGAAAGAAGGCAAUGAAAAAUGUGGCUUAUUAUACAGACAUAUUUCAGAGGCUUGGUAAAAGAUGUUUCAUAAACACAAAACCAUGUGGCCAUUUCUGCUGUUGUGACAUCAGAGGUUGUGAAAGAGAGGAUGCUAUAGAUUACUAUACUAAGGUUUCCAAUAAAAAUUUGGAUGAAUAUUUGAAAGAAGAAGAAAUCAUUCAUAAUAAGCCAUUGGGAAUGGUUUUUGUAACAUUGAAGGAGAAAUCCAUGGCAACACAUAUUCUUAAAGAUUUCAAUGCCUGUAAAUGUCAAGGAUGUAAUUGUAAAGGAGAACCCCAGCCAUCAACCUGGAGUAAAGAACUCUUUAUUUCUAAGUGGAGUGCUGCAUAUGCAACCCAUCCAGAGGAUAUUUGUUGGAAUAAUCUCUCAGUUCAAGGGCCAAAAUGGUGGUUUCGGUGGUUUUGCAUCAAUUUGUUGCUUUUUUGUGGGCUCUUUUUUCUGACAACCCCCUCCAUUAUCAUUUCCACAAUGGACAAGUUCAAUGUAACCAAACCCAUUCAUUAUCUUAAUAACCCAGUUGUUAGCCAAUUCUUCCCAACAGUCCUUCUGUGGUCCUUUUCAGCUUUGCUCCCAACAAUUGUCUAUUAUUCAACACUGUUUGAAUUGCACUGGACAAAGUCUGGUGAACACAGAAUAAUGAUGCACAAAGUUUAUAUAUUUUUGAUCUUCAUGGUGUUAAUUCUGCCUUCACUUGGUUUGACCAGUCUGGAUUUCUUCUUUCGUUGGGUGUUUGACAAAGCAUCUAAAUCUAGAAUUAGAUUAGAGUGUGUCUUUCUCCCUGACCAAGGAGCCUUCUUUGUGAACUAUGUGAUUGCAUCAUCUUUUAUCGGCAAUGGAAUGGAGCUCCUUCGUUUGCCAGGCCUUAUGUUAUAUACCAUUCGGAUGAUUCUAGCCAGAUCUUCUGCUGAGAGAGAUAAUGUUAAGCAGCACCAAGCAUUUCAGUUUGAGUUUGGAGCAAUGUAUGCCUGGACGCUGUGUGUAUUCACAGUCGUCAUGGCCUACAGCAUCACUUGCCCCAUUAUUGUCCCGUUUGGGUUAAUUUAUUUACUCCUGAAGCAUACGGUGGACCGCUACAAUCUCUACUAUGCAUUCCUUCCUGCAAAGCUUGAAAAGCAGAUCCAUUUUGCAGCUGUGAAUCAGGCUCUUGCAGCUCCAAUUCUCUGCCUGUUUUGGCUGUUUUUUUUCUCUCUUUUGAGACUAGGUUUUAAAGCACCUAUAACUUUAUUUACAUUUCUAGUACUACUUAUAGCAAUUGCAGUUUGCCUAGGCUAUACCUGCUUUGGCUGCCUCAAGCACCUGAGCCCCCGAAACUAUAAGGAAACAAAGCAUGAGAUUACUGGAAAAAGAUACCAUACAGCUUCAGCAGCACCUCCAAAAUCUCCUGUGUAUGUACCCCGUGUUUUGCAACAUAUUCCUACUGAAAGAACAGUUCUGGCUAAUGAAGACCAGCAAUUCUACGGCAGCAUGUCAGAGACAUACACAAGAGGGGGAAACACCAUGCACGUCCAUUAAAAGAAUGAACCUGUCAUCUUUGGAAGAUGUAAAAGUGUGCUUCUUGCUAUCACGGACUAACACAAGGUGGCACCCUUAGCCCUGCUUCACAGAAAGGAUUUCGCCAAAAAUAUUCCUGUGUUGCAGUCUUUUCUUGCAAAGCAACCAGUGAUCUGGCCAUUCAGGAUGGUUUCAUAUGUGCUAGUUUUCCAAAGUUGCUAUCUUGGGAUUGGUUACUCUAGUAGGUCAUUACACAAAAUGUGGCUUGGUCAUAUUGAACAAGAAAUACUUGGAGAAACCACUUUGGGUUUACUUAAUAGUUGCCUUCAUAGAAAGAUUUGACUGUCUUGGCAAUUACUAAAUCACCAAUAUUUGUUAAACACUUGGGUUAUAUUCAAAGACAACAGCUAUUUUUGUACAAAAACAAAUGUGGGAAAAACCAAGAAAAUGUAAUCUCUGCUAGUACCUUUCAGCAUUAGCAAGAGUGUUUCUUUUUCUUAGAAGAGGACUCUUCCUGCUGAUGUAGAAUGAUGUAGAAUGAAAAUGGGCAAAAACUAGAGGGCAAGAAAAGACUCUCUAAGAACAUUUAACUGGGCUGCAAUUGCUAGUUUUCUGGUCACUGUUUUAAGGACAUCACACAGGGGAAGUGUACUUGUCAAAUGAUAAAGGACAUGAACAUUUAUUAUUUUUAAUCUCUCUGGUUUAAACAAAAAGGUAUGCUUUAAGUGCCAAAGCUACCACAAACGUAAUGUUAAGAUGUUUUAAAAUUAUGAAGUAGGUGUAAAUUUCUGCCAGAGGCUGUGUUGGAUCCAAGCAUAAUUAAGCAAUCAUAUUCAAUAAAACACUGUAUUCAGAUACA